CCACUGUCCCCCACUGCCCUUUACUGAGUCUGAACGCACUGUGGCUGUUAUUAUAAUUGGCCGCAGCCAUUAUUGUUCAAUAGUCUAUUUCUCUGGUCCUGUUUCCUGCAACCAUGACAGCAUAUCUGUUACGUCCUCGUAUACCCCGUACCUCGACUGCCCUCGUCUUCGCCAGCAAGGAGGGCCCGUUCGUGAGAGCCUUUGCCUCGAAACGGGCAUUGACAGAAGAAUUCGAUGAUGAAGAACUGCGAACAGCAAGAGACUGGCUUGCAAACCUCAACGCCAGAACCAUUCCACGGCACAUCUGCCAGCUCUCCUUCAGCCGGUCUGGUGGGCCUGGAGGGCAGAAUGUGAACAAGGUUAACUCAAAGGCCACGCUCAGAGUGCCGCUGGCUUCUCUCUUACCUCUCGUCCCACGGGUUAUUCAUUCUCAGUUGCUGUCUUCCCGAUACGCUGCAGACAAGAGCCAAAGUCUAGUCAUACAAUCAGAGGAGUCGCGGAAGCAGGCUACCAAUGUAGAAUCGUGCUUUGAAAAGCUUUAUCAGUUGUUGGAAAGCUCCGCAAAGAGUUCUAUCCCCGGAGAAACGUCCCAAGAACAAAAGGAUCGGGUGCGAAACUUAAAGCCGAGAAUGAAGCAAGAAUCAGGAAGAAGAAACUACAUAGCAGCAAGAAGAGUAGCCGAAGGAGUAGUAAGUACGAUGAAUAACAUAUACUGGGCUAACUACAUCAAGAAACCGGACUUUUCCCACUGCCUCCAUAUCCGAGAAACGCCUUUUGAGUGAUAAGAUAGAUGACUGCUAUGGCUAUGCUUGCUCUAGUGUCCGCUCAGCACUGCGAAUAGUCGCUACCAUGACCUUGUGUAACGCAGGGUCUAUGCCCUCAGUCUUUGCCAAUGGUUUCAACCAAUUGAUGACCUCCUGCGCAACGCCCUUAUCAUUUCGGUGGUCUUUUAGGCGUCCAAGCGAGGCACCCAGCGCUCGCGGGAAACCAGGGGAGGUAACUCUCACUCCAGCAGUU